AGAAGAUUUCAAAACAAUGGUCAGUUUUACCUAACCUCCAUGUUAAAAGCGAAAUGAAGAAGGAAAAGGUGGGCUAACAAUGUUGCAUCAGUAAAUCCCAGAGAGAACACAGUAAAACCAAACAGCAGUAUGUAGAAUGGGCAGCAGCUUCGUGAAGAAAAUGACCACAAUUUUAUUUUGCUUUGUUCUCUCGUGUUCAUCUUUUCCAAUAGUCACUUCAUAUAUGCACAUGUAUCUGUUUAAAUCCAGUAGAAGUUGGAAGGAAAAUACGCCAAAACGUUUAGAGAGGUUGUUGGUUGUCUUUGGCUGAGUGGGGCUAUGAGUGAUUAUUUUCUUCUUAAUUUUUCUGUUUUUUCCAAGUGUUCCUUAAUGUAUUGGGUUUCUGACCAAAAUAAAACGAAAUAAACUUUUUAAAGAAGUAAUGGCAGCUCUCAUGUCCAUCCACUUCAAGAGACGGUCAUGCCAGGGCAGGCAGGCAGAGGGGGGGGCAGACUGUCCAUUAGUUCUGCAUUCUGGUCUUUCUCCAGCUCUCACUCUUUGCUUUGUGUCUUCAGUCACGUCCCAAUCCCAGAGGAAUGAAAGGAUUGCCUGAAAUUUAAAGCCAACGUGAAGGAAUCAGCAGAGGCAGGGAGACCCCAAGGCGAGGCUGGGCGUCCCCGUGGACAUCUCUGGGGAGUGGUGCUUUGCGUCAUGUGGGGCCCGCCCCUUCCAGGACCUCGGCUCGGCGUGUUCUGCCGUCUUGGCCCCGGUCGUGGAAGCAGGAUUUCCGCGGUUGUGUAACGGCAUCUCGCGGGCGUGCAGAGACCUGGGCUCCGCAUCCCGCCUCCGCCGGGCCCCUGGUCUCCGGCAACCGAGCCAUGGCCUGGGCGGCGGCGGGGAACUGCGGGGCCAGCGGCGCGCUCUCGGUGCACACGCUCCUGUUCGAUCUGCCGCCCGCACUGCUGGGCCAGGUCUGCUCAGUCCUGGACAGCUGCGACGGCGCGCUGGGCUGGCGCGGCCUGGCGGAGCGACUUGCAAGCAGCUGGCUGGACGUCCGUCACAUUGAAAAAUAUGUAGACCAAGGUAAAAGCGGAACAAGAGAAAUACUUUGGUCCUGGGCUCAGAAAAACAAGACCAUCGGUGACCUUUUACAGAUUCUCCAGGAGAUGGGGCAUCAUCGAGUUAUCCAUUUAAUUGCAAACCAUGGAGCAAUCUUGAAUCCUUCAGAGCAAAGUCAUCAGGGAGAUGGAUUUCCAAACAUAUUCUCCAAGGAAACAGCCAAAGUCACAGUGGAUAAUGUUCUUAUUCCUGAACAUAAUAAAAAAGGAAUAUUGCUUAAAUCCUCUAUCAGCUUUCAAAAUGUCAUAGAAGGAACCAAAAACUUCCAUAAAGACUUCCUAAUUGGAGAAGGGGAGAUUUUUGAAGUAUACAGAGCGGAGAUCCAAAAUGGAACAUAUGCCAUUAAAGUAUUGAGACAGGAGAAAAAAAUGCAAUGUAAGAAACAGUGGAAGAGAUUUUUAUCUGAGCUUGAAGUCCUACUACUAUUUCAUCAUCCAAAUAUACUGGAGUUGGCUGCAUAUUUUACAGAGAGUGAGAAGUUCUGCCUGGUUUAUCCAUAUAUGAGAAAUGGAUCCCUUUUUGACAGAUUACAGUGCGUAGGGAACACAGACCCACUCUCUUGGCACAUUCGAAUCAAUGUGUUAAUAGGAACAGCCAGAGCCGUUCAGUACUUGCACAAUACGGAUCCGUGCUCAGUCGUCUGUGGCAGUAUAUCAAGUGCAAAUAUACUUCUGGAUGACCAGUUUCAACCCAAACUGACUGAUUUUGCCGUGGCUCACUUCCGACCCCACCUAGAGCAUCAGAGCUCCACCAUCAGCGUGACCAGCGGUAGCAGUAAACAUUUGUGGUACAUGCCAGAAGAGUAUAUCAGACAGGGCAAACUUUCUACCAAAACGGAUGUCUACAGCUUUGGAAUAGUAAUAAUGGAAGUUCUGACCGGUUGUAAAGUGGUGUUAGAUGAGCCAAAGCAUAUCCAGCUGAGGGAUCUCCUUCUGGAAUUGUUGGAGAAAAGAGGCCUCGAUUCAUGUUUCUCCUUUCUAGAUAAGAAAGUGUUACCUUGUCCUCGGAAUUUUUCUGCCAAGCUCUUCUCAUUGGCAGGCCAGUGUGCGGCAACACGAGCAAAAUUAAGGCCAUCGAUGGAUGAAGUCCUAACGACUCUUGAGAGUACUCAAGCCAGCUUACAUUUUGCUGAAGACCCUCCCACCUCACUCAAGUCCUUCAGGUGUCCUUCUCCUCUCUUCCUGGAUAACUUACCAAGUAUUCCAGUGGAAGAUGAUGAAAGGCAGAAUCAUCAUUCACCACCUCACGAUAAACAUUUGAGAAAAGACAGGCUAACUCAGAAAACUCCCUUUGAAUGCAGCCAGUCUGAGGUUACAUUUCUCGGCUUGGAGAACAAAACAGGAAGUAGGAGAAACGAGGAUGCUUGCAGAAUACCCAGUUCUUCUUGGGAAGAAUGUCGAUCUCCACAGCAUGCAGCUCCAUUCCAGGACUCGAGGGCCUGUGGCAUGAAUGUGGUGGACCUUUCUGCAGAAACUCCAGGCCAUUCCUGCAGGAGCAGGCGAGUGGAGGCGAGCUGCUCCUCCAAAUUUUUCUGGAAUGAAUGUGAACAUUCCACAAAGGAAAAAAAUUCACCAGAAGAUAAAGAUGGCAGCCACUGUUUCCACGGCCGCACUCUGGACCCUGUCAUCAGCUGAAACUGCUAACAUCAGAAAUCAUAGCAUGUUGUCCCUGACUUUAUAAAGACAUUCUGUUAUCUGAUCCCUCCAUUUUUUCCCUAGCCUAUCAGUGGCCAUCUUCUUCCUCCCCCAUCAUCUUACGCCAGGUUUUUCUUUGUGUAAGCGAGGCCAUGGGUUCAUCUGCAUCAAGGACAAUGAGUGAUUUUCCUUAUGGAGAAGUAGAACCCCUACUAGGUAUUUCAAACAGCUGGAAUUUAGUAUUGGGAAUUGGUUAUCAAAAAGUUGGAGAGGCUAGAAGAACGAAAAAAAGGAACAUGUGAAGUUAUCCAGAGAUUAAGAACUAAAGGAAGCCAUUCUUACUUUUGUGGAUGAAGGAGUGAAAAUGGAAAAGGAUAACUGAGAGCCCGUGACCACUGCCCUCCUGAGGCUGCUGAGAACUUGCUGCGGAUCCUUCUGGAACGGUGCUGCCAAGCAGGAAAGCAGGAAUGUGGACUGUACCACCUGGGCAGCUGCUAUGGUCACUGCUGGGGGCCAACUAAAUAGAGAAAGAUAAAGCUUCCCCCUUUCUCCCAUAAUGAGCAGUUAGCUGCCAGGGGCAUCUAGGAAAUCCAGUUCUCUCUGAGCUACAGAGCAACGUACAGAAGGACAAGAAUGGGGUUACAAGUCAACAGACAAAUCUUCAAGUCAAUCUAUUAGUGCUUUGUUUCCUUGUAGGCAAAUUAUGUACGAAGCAGUAUGACGUGGCACAGGGGAAUUAGUUGAUCGUGUGUAUUUCUCAAUGAAGGAAGCUCGAGAUUGUCUCUUGCACUAGAGAAAUUGUCUCCAAGAAAACUACAACGUUUGAGGUUGCUUAGCCAAGACAGCCACUCUCUGGGCAGGGCCUGGGGAAUCACCUUCAAGUGGGCAGCUAGCACUCCAUUUCCUGGGCAGCUGUGGUCAACCGACAUCUCUCUGCCCAAACAGGACUUAAAAAAAUGCACUAAAUGUCUGGUGACUGAGUCAUAUUUGUAUUUGAGUUCCUAUUCUUCCCAUUUCUAUAUUCAUGGGUCCCCUCCUGGCUUGUUCCUGUUUACAUUUAUUGUACGUGGAUUCAACUAAUUCAAUUCGAAGGACAACUGUGUUUCUACCUCAAUACCAACCCUGUUUAAUGACAGCAAGAUCUAAAAGGGCUGAGUAGUUAAUCAAGGUCUUAUCAGUGAAAGAGGCAAAAAUGCAACCCUGGUCUUGUUGCCCUAAUCUGGUGAUACUUGUCUGUUAUACUUUUUUACGGAGAAAUACCUAAUAAUUAUUCAAGCAGACUGGUUCUUAGCCUUUUCUACCUGAUUAAAAAUAUUUUUUUCCCAAAAAGUUUAUAAACUUUGACACAUUGUUGACACUUCUAUGAAUCUAUCCUAUGGAAAUAGUCAUGGACGUGCAAACAACUAUAGCUAGAAAGGUGUUCUUUGCUACAUUAUUUAUAAUAGUAAAUAGCUGAAAAGAAUCUAAACGUUCAACAACAGGAAAUCUGUGAAUUAUAACUCAAUGUAGUCAUUAAUGCAACGUUAUACAAGAAUGUUCAUCUAUAUUAAGUGGUAAAAGAUUACUAAGUAUUAUGUAAAAUGGGACUCUACUUUUUGCAAAAAGUAUAUGGAUACAUAAUUGUAGAAAAUGGACUAGCUGAAAAUAAACAAAAAUAUCAAAAAGAAACUGGGUGUUAGGAUUACCAUGAUGUCUCUCUUCUUUUUUGCUUAUAUUUUAUAACUUUUGUACAAUAAUCAUGU